AUGGCGACGCUCGAAGGGUUAUUAAAGUCGAUCGAAAACAAAAUACGAAUGCUGGAGUUCACAAGCGAAGAUAUUCCAAGCGUACUAGACAAGAAACACGUACCUACGAUGGAAAGAAAACUAAAAACUUUAAACAACAAACUACAGGAAGUCCAUGACCUUGAAGUUCAAGCACAAGAAGCGAAACUAGAAAAGGACGAAAACCCAAGCGAGAUACGAAAAUGGAGCGCAGAGAUUGAAGGCGAGGUAGCUAAAUUCGAGCAAAGCGUGCAAGAAUUACAAGAAGCAAUUAAACGAGCAAACCAGACCGAGAUAGAGCAAACGAAAAUGCAAGAGCAAGAAUUCGCGACGAAGCUACGAGAACAACAAUUCGAACAGGAAAUGAAAUUCGAACAGGCUAAAUUACAACAAAAACUACAAUUCGAGAAAUCACAAUUAGAGUCUUCAAAAAAGCAAGAGAAUGAAGCGAAGGCCCAUACGAAGUUGCCAAAGCUUGUUAUCACAAAAUUUAAAGGUGUUGCGACUGACUGGCUGAGAUUUUGGAGCCAGUUCGAAACGGAAGUGGACAGGGCGGAAGUUGCACAGGUAACCAAAUUUUCAUAUUUAAAAGAAUUACUCGAGCCUAAAGUACGAACGACCAUAGACGGACUACCUUUUACAACUGAGGGGUAUGAAAGGGCCAAAAACAUUUUAAAAACUAAAUAUGGAAAGACCAGUGAGAUUGUCAAUGCGUACGUACUGAGUAUUUUAUCCUUACCUACUAUCAAAGGAGCUGUCUCAGCAAAAAUUCAUGAUUUUUAUGAGAAGCUGGUAUCUGGCGUCCAGUCGUUGGAAACACUGGGAAAAAUCAAGGAAGUAAAUGGCUACGUACGGGCAACACUAGAUAAACUAGAAACUAUCAGAGGAGACCUAGUCCGCACUGAUGACAAUUGGCAAGACUGGGAGUUUCAAAACCUGAUUGAGGCACUGCGCAAGUGGACCGAGAGAAACCGAAUUAAACAAAUUGAUCGAGAGAGUGAGAAGGAGCAGAUGGACCGAAGAAGACGUGGGAGAAAUUAUCAGACCAAAAACGAAGAAUGGAAACCUAGACCAUGCGUAUACUGCGAGAGUGAUCCAGGGCCUUUUUUAAGGAUUUUCCCGUGGGGGGGCAUUUUUUGAAAAGGGACCUUUCUGUGAGAUAAUAUAUUAGAGGGGGAUAGCAAUGGCUGAAAGCCACGUGUGUGGCAAAUAUACCACGCAUGAAUGGGGGGUCUGGUGGUGUACUCCCCCAGAAAAUUUUUGAAAUUUGACUCCCGGAAAUGUCAUUUCCUGAAUUCUGAGCAUCCAAAUUUGCUCCAAAAUUUAUCCUAACUAUACUUGUAUUUGAAAUAAAUAAAGGAAGAAACACACAAAAGGUAAAAAAAAAAUAACCAUCAUUUAUCAUUACUUAUUAGAGGAGGAUAGCAAUGGUCAGGUGUGUGGGGUGUACUCCCCCAGAAAAUUUUUGAAAUUUGAAGCACGGAAAUGCCAUUUCCUGCAUUCUGAGCAUCCAAAUUUGCUCUAAAAUUUAUGCUAACUAUAGUUGUAUUUGAAAUAAAAGAUGGAAAAAUGCACAAAAAGUAAAAAAGAAUAUUAACUGUAAUUUAUCAUUACUUAUUCGGAGGGAUAAUCCCAAGAAAAUUUUUGAAAUUUGAAACCGUGAAAUGCUAAUUCCUGCAUUCUGAGCAUCCAAAAAAUAAAAAAAAAUAUUAAAAAUAAUUUAUCAUGACUUAGUGGUAAAAAAGUAACAAUUUAAAUCGAUUUUGUUAAACAAGAACAAAGGAUAAAGCCUAAAAUUACUUUCCGUUUAUCUAUUUGUUAAUCUUCGCUGGAUUGUUUGUAUAAUUUUAGGAAAAAGGGACUUUUCCUGGGGGGGGCAAAAUGUGAUUUCGUGGGGGGGCACAAGGGGGGACUGGGGGGGCAAAUGCCCCCCCAGCUUGUAUGUUAAAAAAGGCCCUGGUUAAGUUGACAGUUGCUAGUUAAGUUAACAUUUAAGUUGCCAGUUAAAGUUGAGAUAGUUGCCUGCUAAGUUGACAAUCGGCAGUUACAAUUGACAGUUAAGUUGACAAUUUCGAGUUAAAGUUGAGAGUUAAGUUGACAGUUAAGUUGACAAUUGCCAGUUAAAGUUGACAGUUAAAUUGACAGUUAGGUUAGCAGUUAAGUUGACAAUUGCCAGUUAAAGUUGACAGUUAAGUUGACAUUUAGAUUCGCAGUUAAGUUGACAAUUGACAGUUAAGUUGACAGUUAAUUUGACAAUUGCCAGUUAAAGUUGACAGUUAAGUUGACAGUUAGGUUCGCAGUUAAGUUGACAAUUGACAGUUAAGUUGACAGUUAAGAUGACAAUUACCAGUUAAAGUUAACAGUUAAGUUGACAGUUAGGUUGGCAGUUAAGUUGACAAUUAACAGUUAAGUUGACAGUUAAGUUUACGGUUAAAUUGACAGUUAGGUUGACGAUUGCCAGUUAAGUUGGCAGUUAAGUUGACAGUUGCUAGUUAAGUUUCCAGUUAAGGUUACAGAGCACCUUCGAGUGUUAAUUUUGCCUAAAAUUGUUUUAUUGGUUUGGAUGAAAGGAUGAGACAAGUUCUACUAUCUGACCAACUUUGAACGAAAAAUGUUGAAAACUCGCAGAGUUAUUGAAUAAAUAUACAUUUCGCUGCAAUAAGAAAAACAUUGAAAAUGUAAUAUUCAAAUUCAAUUUUCUCACAAACGUUUUUACGGUAAUUACUGAUUUUCAAACGAGUUAUGCUCCUUCGGGUUUUAACCAAUUUUUCUCAACUGUUCACAGGACAUAGCUAAUUAAUACGUCAGUUUCAAAAUUAUGUUCGGCUUUUUUUUAAUUUUGGAUAUUUUAAAAAUAAAGAGCAAUUCACUCAAACAAUUCAGGAAUAUAUUGCAGUCGUCAAAGAAAUCGCCAUAUCAGUGGAAUGACGAAAUAAACAAAAAUUUCCGAACACAAUUUUUUAGGACAACUACUUUAGAGUAUAAAAAUGAUAUUUUCAUAAAUAUAACUUAAAACCAGCAGGAGCACUACUCAAAAGCGUAUAAAGGUACCGCGAUUUAUGAUUUUCCUGAAUAAAGUCUUACAUUAUUUUAUUGCUUGUUAAUUUUACAACUUUACCAUAUUUUGCAUGCACUGGAGAACAUUUGGUGAAAAUAUGAUGAAAAUCGGACUGAUAUUGAGCGCGCAGUAGCGAUUUUCCGCAAAACGCCAAAAAGGGUGUCCUGGAACCUUAAGUCGCCAGUUAAAGUUGAGAGUUAAGUUGAGAGUUAAGUUGAAUGUUAAUGUUGAGAAUUAACUUAGAUUGAGCUAGAGAAAAGAUUUGUGAUUAAUUGUUUCUACCCCAGGUCAAGCGCAUACGAUCUAAUCAUUGCGUAUAAUCAUACAAUUUGUGAGUCGACAUCGAAUUUGACAACAGGAUAACGAGCAUAAAAUAUCGAUGGCUGCAGAAAAAGCAAAAGAGGAGAGCAAGAAAGCAGUUCUAGCAGUUUCAGGGUCGCUCGAUAAAUGA